AUGUCUUACAAUCCUUCGUAUAUCUACGAGCGACUGCGGGAGACCAUCCCCGCGGCGCUCCCAUGGUCCGGCGGAGACCCCUCAGUGAAGGGAGAUCCCAAGAAGACCGUUAAAUGGGUUGAUGGUCUCCGAGGAAUCGCAUCGUUUAUGGUAGUCCUCACCCAUUUGGCACGAGCAUGGGACUAUGAUCUGUUUUCGCCGCGCGACACACCAGAUGCAGCUCCGCGGCUGCUUCAGUGGCCUGUAUUCCGAAUCCCGUGGCAAGGCCGUAUUGGCGUCACCAUCUUCGCCUUUCUCACCGGCUAUGUGUGUGCGUUGAAGCCGCUGAAGCUCUCCCGAGCGGGAAACACCCAGUCCGCCUUUACGACCAUCGCCAAGAGUGCCUUCCGCCGUCCGCCUCGUUUGAUCUUCCCGGCCACCAUCGCCAUGGUGAUUUCGUGGGUGAUCGCUCAGUGCGGAGGCUUCACGGUGGCCAACCGAUCUGACUGCUGGUGGUGUCGUUAUGCGGCCCCGGACCUGGAGGAUUCCUUCUAUAAGGAGGUGAUCCGGCUGUUCAAGAACUUCCUGAGCACCUGGACGACGGGAUACAUGGCCUACGAUGACCACCAGUGGGCUCUCCUGCCUCUUCUGAAGGCUUCGAUGUUGGUCUAUAUCCUGCUGUUCGCCACCAUGUAUCUGAAGUUCCGCUAUCGUUUUAUGGUCUACGUCGGCAUGCUCCUUUACUUCCACCAGGACGCAGGAAAGGAUGUUGAGACCUUCCAGACGCAGGCUGUGUACGGAAUGCUCCUUUGUGAUUUGUCCUAUGAUCUGAACUUCAAGGAAUUCGUUGACACGCACAGCUGGCUCCGAAAGAUCGUUGCCGCAUCAGUAUGUGCAUUUGGUCUCUUCGUUGCUGGAUACCCCGGAGAACAUCCUGAGUGGUCCGGCUGGUCGAAUGCCAUGCUGUGGCUCUCGAACUACAUCUUCCCGCCAGAAGUCAAUAUCGGAAAGCGAUAUACCGCUAUCGCUGCCGACUGCAUCAUCUUCGCCAUUUUCAUUUCUCCAGGAGUGAAGGAGUUCUUGUCGAGUCGAUUGCUACUCUGGCUUGGAAAGCAGAGUUUCGCUGUGUAUCUCGUCCACGGUACCCUGCUCCGGGUGCCCCUAGUCUGGAUGCUUUACGGAAUCACUGGGCAGCCCUGGGAGGAAACCGUCGAUGCGGAUGGUAAUGUUAUUCCGCCACCAUGGCUCCACAUCCGGCCUCCGUGGGUGGUUGCCAUCAGUAUCCCCUGCUGGAUCGUGCUUGUCUACAUCUGUGCCAGCCUGUGGACGAACUAUGUCGACCCGUUCUGUGCAAGAAUGACACAGAAGCUCGAGAAUUUAAUGUUCGAGGAGGACGAGAAGCCUCAUCCUCCCAUGCCGCUAACGUCGUUACCGAUGCCUACGGCUUGA